AUUGCCAUGUUGAUAUGCCGCCUCGUGUUCAGGACCACGUCACGAACACAACACCUUGUCUGUUUAGCUCUCCCGCAGCAUGCCUCCUCGGAAACUGGGAAAUGCCUUAAAGCCUUCUGGCGACACCAUCGAUAUUACGCUGAGCACAGCGCGGUCACUUCUCAACGUAGGAGGCGAUCUGCUUUCACUUGCGCCGAUCCCGGGGCUGGAAGUCGCGGCGACUGUACUCGCUAAUGUCAUCGGCACGAUACAGGACAUGAGAAAGAACACUGAGGAUAUGCAGAAUGUCGCCAAUCGGGUCAACGAGCUUGCGGCCUGUCUCAAGGCUGUCUGUGAACAAGCAAUUCAGCGAGCGAAAGAGUCAAAUCUGUCUGUGGCGAACAUGAAGCCAUCGAAUCCGUUGGAAGAUCGGAUUGAGCGUCUGAUAGCGAGACUUAACGACAUCGCAGAGAAGGCCAGAAAGAUGAAAGGUCGAUCAAGGCUCAGCAGAUUGGUCAGAAGCCAAAAAGACGUGGAGGAGCUGAGUGACUUAGAACGGGGAUUAUCACGUGCGACUCAAGACUUCAAGCUCGAGGGAGAUAUCGCUGUCGAAGUUCUUGUGAAUGGUAUGUUCGACAGACUUGGCAUUAUUCAAGAGGGUGUUGUAGCAAUGCAGAAGGUUCAAGUGGAUGAUCAUGACAGAGGUAUCCUCGAGCGUCUUCCAUACGCGCGUGCAGCAAACCACCGAUCCGGGCUCCAUGAAUCGAAAUCGGGCUACCUACAUGGAACGAGGGAGGCUCUGUUGAAAGAGAUCGACGAAUGGGCCAAGGGGACGUCUAAUACACUGCACCAUCGCAUCUACGUCCUCAGCGGUGCCGCCGGUACAGGCAAGUCCACUAUCGCGUGUGAGGUGGCCAAGCGCCUCGAGCGGGAUGGUAUCCUCGGCGCAUCCUUUUUCUUCGUCCGAGGGUCUGAGCAGCUGGCGACGACUCGGUUCGUAUUCACGACUAUCGCGCAUCAGUUAGCAUCCUAUCAACCAGAGACCGCUCGCGACAUCGUUGACGCUGCUCGUUCUUACCUCGCAAAGGGGACCGACCCACAGCGGAUGGAGUAUGGACUGGACGAGCUGAUCAUUGAGCCUUUACUCAAGUUGCCCACGGAUCGUCCUCCAAUUAUUCUCGUUAUUGAUGCGCUUGACGAAUGCACGGAUUCGGCGCAGGAGUUGAUUCCGAAGAUGUUGUAUCUGCUUGCUGCUCGUGUAACGACCAUCUCGUUCCCCCUUCGGAUCUUUAUCACUUCCCGCCCAGACUACCACAUUGAGAAUGCUCUCGAUUCAGUGGAUUUCAGAAAGGAUCGUAAUUUGUUCAAGCUGCAGGAUGUUCCAAGGACGACUGUGGGCCAGGACAUUGAGAAAUAUAUCCGGCACCGAUUAUCCAAAACAUUUCAAGGUGAAGAGUUACUGAUCGAGCGACCCAGUGCAAUUGCAGAGCUAGCCAAGAAGGCGGACGGAUUGUUCAUUUUCGCUUCUACAUCCGUUAACUUCCUCGACGAAGACCCAGACUAUGCCGUCCAGCGUCUGGAUAUUCUCCUUGCAGAUAGCAAGCACAAUUCGCAACAAGAUCUCAGCUAUCUGGACCAGCUAUAUACCCUCGUUUUGCAGAACGCGUUCGGCCAAAACAUAUAUCGCGAUGCGGAAAGGAUGCGGAAGGUCCGUCUUGUGCUGGCUUCCAUCGCGUUGCUUCAAGAUCAGCUCACUGUGAAUGCGAUGGCGUCGCUCAUUGGCCUUUCCGUCGUCGACGUCAAGUCUGUGGUCCGGCGCCUAGCAUCGGUCGUCUUGCGCGAUGCCGAUGACAUAGUUCGGCCUUUACAUGCGAGCUUCCCGCAGUUCCUCGUCGACAGCCGCCGCUGUGUGGAUACAACAUUUUAUAUCGAUCCUGCAACCUAUCAUGCGCAUCUUGCGAUAUCCUGCCUCUCGGUGCUGAUUCAGCGUGAUAGCUUGCGGCGCAACAUUUGCCGCCUUCCCAACCCUGCGAAGAUGAAGACUGACGUGAACGAAUUGCCGUCUCUCGUGUCUCAGAACGUUCCGCCGCAUGUUCAGUAUGCGUGCAUUCACUGGGCGUUCCAUGUCUCGAGUACGCCGGCCGCUGCCUCCGAGAUUUGUAUGCGAAUUCUCGAUCACCUGGAUUCCUUCCUCACGAAACAAUUGCUUGUUUGGUACGAAGCAUUGAGCUCCAUGAACCGACUUGAGAUCGCUCCUGCGGCACUGCUCAUGGUUCAUUCGUGGUGCCAGCGUUCUGAAAAUGCUGCCAGCAAUGUCGAGCCACUUCUCGACGAUGGAUAUCGUUUCGUUCUUGAAUACUUUGAUGCAAUCAAUGCCUGCCCCGAGCAUAUAUACAUCUCCGCGCUGUCGACAAUGCCAUCCUGCAAGUUGUAUGAUAUUUAUAAAGCAUCUUCUGUGCAAUCUUACGGCCUGAAGAUGGUCACCCCUCGCGAUCCGAGUUGGAGUCCGUGCAUUAGGGUAAUCGAAGGAAUUUCUGCAGCCGUGACUGCUCUGGCGUAUUCUCCAAACGGUCGCUGGAUCGUCGCGGGUACCUCGUUAGGCACUGUCUGUUCAUGGGAUGCCGGCUCCGGUAUUCCUCUCAAUACGAUGGCGGACAAUGCGACAGUUCGGCACAGGAAUGCAGUCUCGUUCGUAGACGUAUCGCCGGAUAACUCUAGGAUUCUCUCGUAUGCAAAGGACAUCAGAAUCUGGAACCUGGCAUCCGGUGCCCUCCUACAUGUGAUCCCCUUAGACAAGAACACGCGACUUAGAGCGGUCUCGUUCUCCUCAGAUGGCAACAUGAUUUUGGCCAUCGCCGACGGCGCACGCAGCAUCUGUUCAUGGGAUUCCUGCACCUUUGCGAAAUUACCAGAAUCCAGCAGCAUCGUCAGCUACUAUCCCCACUCCACCUCUUCUUUUUGGGGAGCCUCUAUGGUUCUUUCCGAAAAAUCGGAGACGAUAUCCAUCUAUGACCUUGAGCGCAAGGUUGUACGAAGCUCGCUUUCGGGCCACUCGGAACAUGUCAAUCGCGCAUUAUUUUUACCUGGGGAAGAUUCAAAGGUUGUUUCAUUCGAUUCCUCGCAAGUCAAAAUUUGGGACGUCCCUUCUGCGCACUGUCUCCAGACCUUAAAUGCAUCUCGUACUCUUCUAGCCCUUGCCAUUUCUCCUGGAGGCCACCGCAUUGCUGCGAGCAGCCGAGGAAUGAUUGACAUCUGGGAUGCGGGCACAGGCGAACACCUUGCAGUGCUACCUGAUGAUGCCGAGGCAGCGUUUUGUCUCUGCUUCUCACCGAAAGGAGAUCGGCUGUUAUCUGGCGGUAUGGAUGGCAUUCGCGUGUGGGACCUGUCAAAUACCAAUGCGAUCGGACUGUCGAGCAGUAGACCCUAUCGCUCCGAGAUACAGGGGCCGAACGUGCAUCAAGUCAUCUUCUCUAAUGAUGGAGAGCUGGCGGCGUCGGCAGCUCAGGAUUCCACAUUAACUAUUUGGCGCAUACGCUCGGGCACUCCUAUCUCAACGAUCACGUAUAACCAGUCCGAUAACGUUGAACACAUGGUGUUCUCCCCGAAUGGCCGAUACGUUGCGGCGAUCUGGGACGAUGAGGUUCUGGUGGUCUACGAUGCCGAAAGCGGCCAACCAGUGGUUACCAUGAAACUCGCUCGCCACCCGGCGUACAUGCAGUACUCCUCGAGUGGGAAUUGGCUUGGCAUCUAUAUCAGGCCGCCUCGCGGCCAGAAUUAUCAUCUCGACUUGUAUGCUGCUUCUGGUCUGGCAUUAGUGACAAGCGUCGACUUGAAACAGUUCUCUGUAUCCAGAGGCAAUUAUGAGAACACGAUCAAGGCACUUGCAUUCUCACCUGAUGACAACAACAUGUAUGCGGAGACUAUGGAUGGCUCGAGCUUUCUCUGGGACUGUCACAGCGGGGAGAGCUUGCCGAUAGCAGAAUUAGAUUGGAUCAAACACCGUGGUUCACCCCCAGCAUCUCGCGAAUUCCGGCUUGAUAAUGGAUGGGUGGUGGAUGGAACAGACCAGAAAAUAUGUUGGAUUACCACAUCGAAACGACCAUUCUUGCAAAAGAUGGCUUUUGCUUAUUACGGCCACACUGUCGUGAUUGGCGCAAGAACCGGAAAAGUGAGCAUCAUCGAUCUGUCAGGAGUAGAGCCUGAAAGCUAGAUACUACACACUAUCGUUUCCUUGGCGCUCCUUGACGAAUGCUGCAUUCCUUGACGAGUUCUGUAUCCAACAUGGAAUAAAUUCCACGUGACGAUAGAUUGCACUUACACAGUUCGACGCAUAUGGAACACUACGAGGAAUUCCGGAGAAUGCGGCUGGACAGUGCGUUCCUCAAAACCCACCUGCCGACAUGAGCCUGUUUUCUUGGUAACUCAUGGAUCUAGUAGCAAACGACCUGGAGUGUCAGUACUUCCCUCCAUGUUACGCGCGCUGCAUCUGUUAAUCUCUUAUAUGGCGUGCACGAACCCGAGCAUUUGAGAAAAGACGAGGUUCUUGCUGAUAUGGCUCGUGAGUCUCAGUGUUGAUCGAAAGC